GAAGAUUUACUGAUAUUUAUAAAAAAAACAAAUGAGAAAUCUUCCUGAGAAAAACAAAUUUAUUGGAAAAAUUAAAAAGUCUAUUAUUGUUAAACAAUGUAAAGUUUAUAGAACUCGAUUUGAAGAUAAUACAUGUAUGGAUUUUGUUCUUCUUCCAGUUUUUAUUAGUGAAAAAAAUAAUUCUAAUUUUAUUGUGCUUAUGAAACAUGAUAAAGAUUAUAUCAACGCAACAUCAAUGUUUCGUUUUGCUUUUCCUUCAGCAACAAAAGCGCAAGAACGGUUAGAACUUGAUAAUUAUGUGAAACAUUUACAUAGUGCAACAUCUAAUUUAUAUGUUUCGGGAAUAUGGGUUACAUUUGAUGAUGCGCUUUUACUUGCAGAUGAUUAUGGAAUUCGAUCAUGGAUAAAGGCUUUAAUCAAUGCUUCUGAAAAUUCUAAUGAUAUUGCUUCUCCUAUUAAAAAUCUGUCACCCGAAACAAUUAGAAAAUAUAUACAAUCUAGUGUGGGACCUGUUUCUAAUCUUGAUUCUUCUAUUUCUAGUGAUAUUAAUUCACCUUUUUCUUGUGAAAUUCCAUUUCAAAAAUCUCGUGUUAAAUCAGCUUCUCCAGAAAAAAAAAUACUUCGAUCCCCUAGAAAAGGGAAUUCCGAAAUACCUUUAAAGUCUACUAAAAGCACACUUUCUCCGACUCUUUCUACUUCUAAUUUAAAUAUACCUCGAAUUUCUAAAAAACGGCCUUUGGAACUCAGUGGUCCUGAUGAUUUUGUACCAAUUAAACGAUCUAAAAUUGAGCAACUUGAGAAAGAAGUCGUUAUUGAGAGAAAACGAGUAAAGACACUUAUUGCUCUUGCUUUUAGUCUUGGUAUAAGUGCCACUCUUCCUUAUAUUUUAUAAUUUUUUGUGUCAAAAGAUAUCAUUACC